AUGGCCGUCGAUAUGCCCUUCGACUACAACUUCUCUUUCGGACCUGCCACCCCUCCCGACUACUAUGAGCUCGCUUUCCAAGACGCUAGCUAUCAGCCGGCCUACCGCCGUGCCGACUCCCUCUCCUCGCAGAUGUCCAUGUACUCCAAGGAGUCCUCGCCUGACACCACCAACACCCAGCUAGCCACACCCAUAAAGUCGCCCAUCCGCCAGCACGGCCCGCUCCUCCUCCCCAAGAUCCGCUCCCAGGACCAGGCCAUCGAGUCACCUGCCAAGCGCGUCAAGAAGAAUGGCACCGCCGGCACCUGGAAGCCCAGCCACGGCCGCAGCUACACCAACCCCGAGACUAUCACGUACAUGCCUGCUGCGCUCGCGACACCCUCGCACAGCCGCUCAUCCUCUACCCUGUGCUCCCCUGUCUCCAUGACCAGCAGCGUCGAUGCCCAGUUCCGCCGCGCCUCGAGCUGCAGCCUUGAUGGCCAGACCAUUGGCAAGUAUGGCUUCCCCACCUACCGUCAGAUGCCAACGUACAUCUCGUCCACGGCCGGUAUAGAGACCUUUGUCCCAGCGCAGUACUACACCGCCCCUCCCCGCGAGCCGUCGCCAAUGCGCAACUCCAUCUCCUUCGACGACUUCUGCGAGGAGCUUGAGCUCGCCCCAGCCCCACCAGCUGAUGAGCCCACCACGACACUUCAGGCCUUCCUCACCGCGCCUAACCCCACCCCAUCGCUCGUGCGCCAGCUCAACAUCCACGUGCGCGACCCAGCCAGCAAGCACUUCUGGUGGGACAUCCGCCAGAUCCGCCCCUGGACCUCCUUCACCAGCACAACCAUAACCUCCAUCCCCGGCCUCGCGGCCCUCCUCACCGUCGCCCUCCCCGCCUCCUCCCUCCCCGCCCCCUCCGCCCCGCGCACCACGCACCCCGAAACCGAAACCGAGCUCGCAGCAAUCUACACCUCCUUCUACGCCGCCAAGCUCAACGCCGCCCUCGCCGUCGCCCAAGGCACCCGGCACCUCCUCAUGCGCGCUCCCACCCCCUCCUCCACCCAAGACGUCAGCUUCGUCAGCAACUACACCGACGACACCUCGGCGCUCAUCUUCGGCCGCGGCCUCGGCCGCGUCGUGGGGCUGGUUAAGUCCUUCGAUCGCUGGAACUCCGCUAUGCGCGUUGAGGGGAACAACAAGCGCGUCGCCUACCUGCGGGGCCUCGCGCACCUGCACCGCUGCAUGCGCGAGCACGGGUGCCGCUACGGCUUCCUGAUGACGGAGAUCGAACUCGUCGUCGUGCGCAACGGCGGGGAAGCAACCCCGCACUUCGGGUACCUGGAAGUCGCCAGCAUCCCCCUCGCCGAGACCGCCUCCGCCUCCGACGCGGAGGAGGGGGGAGAAGUCAAGAUGACUGCCCUCCUGGCGUUGUUCUACCUCCACAUGCUAGCGCGCGACGCGCCGCUGGCGGGACAGGUGGGGUGGAAGGCGGAGAUUGGGGCGCCGGCUGAGGGGACGAGGAGGAAGUGUCUCCCGCGCGAUGAGUGGAUGCCUGCGCCGCAGUUGGCGGAGAAGAGGGAGGCGAAGCGGGUGAGGGGGUGGGUGUGGCCCGAGGAGGCGGUGGGGAGGAAGGAGAUGGGGAAGAGGGGGGUGAGGUAUGCGGGUGCUGCUGCGUAG